UGCCUAUUAUGGUAUUCGACAGAUGGUUGCGGAGGGAGUUUUACUCACUUUUGACAGAAUUUGCUAUUAUCGAAAACGCUCGAUAAUGCAGUUUCGGGAUGAGUCAAAAGAGGUUAAUGCAGUUUGCGAAUGAAAUAAAAAAGUGGCAUCAUUGUAAACGCAUCCGAUCCGUGAUUCGUACAAAUUUCUCUAUCUGUCAUUCACGCGCCAUUGUGCUGCGGAUACUAAAAACGAUAAGAUGGAUAGCAAUAAAAUGUAAGAAAAAUCACAAUUAUUUAUCCCUUUAAUAUUGUAAUAUUGUAAAAAACACAAACUUAUGUGUUUUAGGAAGCGUACAACGACCAGGGAGCAAUUUAAAUGUUUAGUUUCCAAAAUGAAGGAGCAUCCGGACAUAGCAAAAAUUUUUACUAAAAAUGCACCUGAUUUGGUAGAAAGAUUUUGGGAAAGUGUGCGAGAGGAGUUGAAUUCGAUUGGACCGCCAUCAAAAACCAUUGCCGAAUGGAAAAAGGUUUGGUCGGACUAUAAAUCGGCGAUAAAGAAGAAGCUCGCGCAUAACAAAAGAGAGCUACAAGCGACUGGUGGAGGAGAAAAUAGGGAAAUUCCCUUAACAUCUAUGGAAGAAGAAUUUGCUACCCUUGUGUGUCUUAAUGAUUGCGUUGGUGGUAUUAGAAACUCCAAACAGUUUGGAGUGCCACAGGGGAGAAAUGAUGAUGACGCAGUUCCAUCUACAUCGAGAAAUGUUCCACAGAUGAGAGCUUCUGCUACGAGAGAUGUACCGCAGGAGAGAAUAUCUGAGGACACUUCUCCACCUACUCGGAGAGAUUAGGAUAGUAUUGAAGCUCAUGAAGACGUAAAUAUUGAGAAUGACCAAAAUAUUUCUAACCAAAGAAGAAAAAAGAGACCCGAGCAAUUCGAUUUAUUAGAGAAGCAAAUAGGGGUUCAAGAAAGACUGUAC